CAAUGGAAGACAGAGGAGACAAAUGUUCUCUCUCUGUUUGUUGACCAGAGUUCGGCUCCGACCUGCACAACGGUAGCCACAUUCAGCCACGUUUAGUCCUAUUUAUAUUCCAAGGGUCCUUUCUAAGUCUGCCAUUUAAAGAAAAAGAGGAAAGCAGCUCAAUACGUAUCAAGAAUGGAUAGUUCAGAAUAUGAAUUAGUUCGGAAUAUGACGCUCCUCUUCUUCUUCGAGCGACUCAUGGACAAGGGCGGUCCGCGAACCCUGCACGAUUUAAGCUGCCAGUUUGGAGCAAAAGGUUUCACCAAGGAGAUGCGACAAAUAGCCGGAGGUUCUCAGAGUGGGCUGAAAAAAUUCCUGUCUCAGUAUCCAUCCCUUUUCCUCAUAGACGAGGAUUACGUGUCCGUAAAUACGUUUCAGCCAGUAGUCGAGGAAGACAGUGGAGCUAAAAUAAGUGGCAAACGCGACUAUGCACGAGAAGCCGUCGAAUAUUUCUCCAACAAGCUGAUGCAGUACGGAGCCGGAACUGAAGUCCCGAUAAAAAGUCUCCUCGGUCAUCGUUCUCAAGCCUCGCCCGAAGUUCGUCACAUUUCCGGUCAACAUUACAAAGAGUUUCAAACUUUCCUGAUGAAGCAUCCAGAUGCUUUUGUAGUGAACGAGGAUAAUGUGAUUCUGAAGCAGUACGAAGGCAUGAAAGCUGAACCCUUUCGGGAAUUGGAACCCGAUAUCUCGAUAGAUCCAGAGGUGACUGCAAGAUUGCUGGAUUUCUUUGCUCAAUCGAUCGAACAGAAGGGUGUCAUCAUGGUCGAUCAACUCUUUGUCAUGGUGAAUGAAAAGUUUCCCCAAGGCACGAUAUUCAACACUUCCCAGGACCUUUCCACUUUUCUGAAAAUGUUUCCCGAUGCCUUUCAUGUACAGAGCAACUUGGUGACACUUAUCGGCCGACCCAAGUCUUACACGGACGGAAAAGUGAAGAAGGAGAAUGCCAAGAAUCAAAAUCAAAAUAACAAUCAAUUGCAGAAUAAGAAUCCGAGUCCGAUGCAGAAUCACAGCCCGAUUCCGAAUCAGAGUCCAAUUCAGAAUCAGAGUCCAAUUCCGAAUCAGAGUCCAGUGCAGAAUCAAGUUUUGCAGAAUUCUCAGUGUAUUCAGCCGGACAGUAUUGUUUCGAAUAGUUCAACCUCCCAGCCUAAUUCUCUUCAAAAUACUUUUCAUUCGCCGCCUGAGAGUAAUAACAAUUCUCCGCCGGUUAGUCUGCAACAGCAGACCCUGAAGCAGAGGAUAAAUACUCUCGUGAUGAAGACUUUGGCUGAUAAUACUGAGAGAGAUCGUAGUUUGCAGAGUAUGCAGAUGGGCGAUGCCUGGAAAUUGAAGAUUCUUCAGCAGACGACAGUCAUCGUUAAUCCGCGAGAGUGCCUUCGAAUUGUCGAUGAUAUCAUCAAUCCGAGAAGACCACCGCCUGAUGGGAAAAUUGCAAUUUCCUUCGAUUGCGAGGGAAUUAAUCUUGGCGUUAAAGGCCAGCUGACACUUAUCCAGAUCGGAACAAUGAGUGGACAGGCUUAUAUUUUCGAUCUGUGCACUUGUCCAAGUUUGAUUCAGGCCGGUGGAUUGCAGAGGCUUUUGGAGAAUGAAAAUGUGAUUAAAGUGAUUCAUGACUGUAGAAACGAUAGUGUAAACCUCUUUAACCAGUUUGGAAUUAUUCUCAAUAAUGUCUUUGACACUCAGGCUGCUCACGCGAUUCUUCAAUUUCAAGAAACGGGCAAGCCUGUUUACAAAGUCAAAAAUGUGAAUCUGAAUGCACUUUGCGAACUUUAUGGUGCGCCAAGCAAUCUUCUAAAGGAACAGCUGAAAAAUAUUUAUCGAAGAGAUCAGAGAUAUUGGUCUAGAAGACCAAUGACUCGUGAAAUGCUCAUUUAUGCCAGCAGUGAUGUCCUCAGUCUUGUUCCCCUGGUUUACCAUGCCAUGAACAAACUCAUAAAACCAGAGAUGCAGACACUCUUCGUAGAAUUGUGCGAAGAGCAGGUUCAAAUGCACAUAAAACCUCUGGAAGUGAAGGCCCGGAAAAAACAGCGCAAGGUCGAAACAGAAGUUGCCGAUCUUCGAAAAAGAAUGGAAGAAACAACCGGAAAGAAUAUCGUUCUCAGCAAUCGGGAAAUUCGACUUUUGCGAUAUUUGUCACUCACAGAGGACGAGAAGGAGAAAUUGAAGGGCAGCUAUAAAGUAGCAAGAAAACUGGAAAAACUGGAGAGCAUGGGACAGGACAAAGGAGAUUCGAGCGACGAGGAUGACGACGAUGACAGAAACGAUGACGCGGAAUAUCCUAGUCUGGAUUCUGAAACUUCACAUUCAGGAGGAGUUAUAUCGCCUCGAAAUUCGGAAGCUCCCAGCCUGACCGAAUCGAUGCAGAUGGUGGACGAAAUUCUCUCGGACGGGCAGAUGGACCGAUUUGAGAAAAUCGAACGACUCGAGGCCAUUCUUUCGGCAGUCACAGCUCCAUCGAAUGACGUCGAAACUGCCGAGCCGACGACGACGACGACGAUUGUGGCUUCGCCAACAAAAUGUACCAUGUGCCAAGGAAAUAAGAUUUCACAGAAAUCACAAAGUGUUCCAAAACCGGGCAAAGAAGUGGCGUGUCAAACGCUCAGCACAGGCGACAUUGUGAUCACGAGGAUACAUUUCUCGGAAGAGGAAAAAGAACGCGAAAGAUUACUCAAUUCACCCAAGAAACAGGUAGCUUAGAAUCUAGAAAUAGCCUCAUGAAGCUUUCAUUGAAUAAUUCGAAAUCACGAGAUCCCUGAGGGGAGAAAAUAGUUUGUGACAUUUUCUUUUCUUUUCUUUUUUUUUCUUUUUGAUGAUGAGAAAGUAUUUAUAAAUCGUAAUUAUUUUCUGCUUUCUCUUUUUCUCUUUUUUAGAUGUUUAAAAGUUUUGUUUUCGCGCCAGAGUUUCUUCGUUUUGUCUAAUUGAAAGCAGCAUUAUUUCUAUUUAUUUAAACUAGUUGACUUUUUCUCGGGGGGUUUUUUUUCGUCAAAUUGACGGUGUUUUGAUUCAGAACUGUGCCAUUUAUAAAUUUUGAUUUCAAUUAAGUCAGUCCGAAAAGAAAGGAAAUUCACCUCCCGUUUCGAAAAUAAACUUGAGUAAUUUGUAAAUAUAAUAUAUUAGAUAAUAAUUACAGCAUCAUCUGGAAUCAAAACUAAUACAAGCCAAAUUCGAUUAAUUUCUUAAUUCGUUUUUAAAAAGUUUUUUUGUGUGUUUGUUUAUUUGAACUGUGAAUUUUGGACACUGGAACUAGUGAUGUCACGGAACGUAUUUUUUUAGUUUUUCACAAAAAAAAGGUUUUCAUGAUCCUAGGGCUACUUGAAUAUUUAGGUAAAUUAUUUUAAAAAUUAAGAAAAAUAUUCUUUUUACAGUCGUAUCUUGCAGCGUAGUCUAGAUUCUUUUAAAUUCAGUAAAAAAAUUUGAACAUUUUCGAAAAUUACCAAAUUGGCGUGCAUUUUAAAAAGGCCACCUUCGAUUUUUUUUUUUUAAUUUAACAUAAAUUUGUCAAAAAGAUCAAUUCUUUUUCUAAAUAUUCACUGUUCGGUGUCUCAAAGGAUCUAUAAUUAUAUGUUAUGAUAUAAUUUAGCUGAAAAUUACCGAACUAAAAAAUGUUCAAAAUUUCAAAUACCGAAAAAAAG